AGGUGCCUGAUGCCCCAUUAACUUGACAAAAUGGGUUUCCACAUGGGACGACAGCUGCUGCUCUCCGGAUUCCUGCUGGUGAUGCUCCAAGUGGUGACCCAAACGCAGGCCAGGCCACAGGAUGUGAUCACAGUGGCCGGCGAGGAGACAGAGGUGGUCAUUAAGCAAGAGGGCGAUGGCGAUGACGACGACUCCUCCUCCGAGGAAACUGUGGAGGAUUCAGAGGAGAACAGACGCAGGCGGCGGGAGGUGAACACCGACAAUACCCCGUUGGGUCGAGCGGUCAUUCCAGGUUUGCCAGAUCCGGCCACCAUAAUCAAGAUCGCUGAGCUUUUUCAAUCCGUAGGCGAGCAAAUAGUCCCCAUCCUGGUGGAGGCUAUUCUGCCCAGCGUGGAUGAAGCGGGCGAUCGCUUCGCCAGAUCCCUGCAGUUCCUUAAAAACUUCGGACCCGGACUGGAAUCUUUUGCAACCGAGAAGAACGAAUAGCCCAGCUAACUAUAUAGUGGCACAAAGUGAAAGAACUCGUUUGACUUUGGUAUCUGGACAGUGGAUUAGACUAGGAUGUCGUUUGGUUUCUUGAGUUUCUUAAAAAUAAAAUCGUUGACCUACUUUUACUGUUAUGGUACAACUCAAAUAAUAAUGGUAAAAACCAGA